AUGACUUCAUUACCUUCAGUACCAACAAAGCACGCCGACUUCUUGUCAUAUGUGCAGUCGCAUCCGGAAACCUCUAUUCGAGAUCUAAUCAAGCCUUACAAUGAAUACGAUUCCGUGGCUCGCAAGAUAUUUGCCCAGGAGCCGUCACAUCCCAUGGUGCAAGACAACUACGCGAACAUUGUCCCACUCUACAGUCCCACUGGUUCCACAGAUGUUCGGAUCCGAGCAAGAGAUCUUGCUUCGGAGACACCGGCAGACAAGGAAAAAUAUAUCCUACAAUUGGAUGAAAAGCUCCGCAGGACAAAUAACUCGCCUGCCGUUGUUCCAAAAUUGGCCGAGUUUCAAGAGAAUUUCGCCCUGUUCACUGAAAACUCUCUUAGUGAGCUUGACUGGAGUAACGUGGUUGCAGCAGGAAGUGCGGUGGUGACUUCAGCGCUACCAGUUCCGGAAGAGUAUCGUGGCUCGAAGAGAGGUCUUCGCGAAUACUAUCAUGAUAAGUUUGCCCCUGCAUCGGAUGUCGAUCUUUUCCUCUAUGGCUUGACAGAGGAACAAGCUAUCGAGAAGAUCAAACAUAUCGAGGACAGCAUUCAAAAUGCUAUCUUGUAUGAAACUACCACAAUUCGCACCAAGAACACUGUGACUAUUGCUUCGCAAUAUCCCACUCGUCAUGUACAGAUCGUGCUGCGCAUUUAUCAUUCCAUUGCAGAGAUCCUGACUGGAUUUGAUGUGGACUGCUCCUGUGCGGCCUAUGAUGGCAAGCAAGUGUACGCGUCGCCACGUGCAAUCGCAUCAUACAUCACCCAGACAAAUCAGAUUGACCUCACUCGGCGUUCACCGUCAUAUGAGAAUCGACUUUCCAAGUAUUCUCAUCGAGGAUUUGAAGUAUUUUGGGAUCAGCUUGAUCGCUCUAAAGUUGACCCUACGGUUUUUGAAAGAAGUUUCGCUCGAACAGAAGGUCUUGCACGACUUUUGGUUCUAGAGAAACUUCCGAAAACGACGGACCGAGAGAACUACCUUGAUAAGAGACGCAGAGAGCGUGGUCGCCCAGCACUCAGUUGGCGGUUAAGACAUCGACAAGGCAGGGAGCUCAAGGGCAACAUUAAAGAUGAAUGGGAAGAUGAGGUGCCAGAAUGGCAAGCUGAUGAUCAAAUUUCCAGUUAUCACACAUUCACCAUUCCUUACGGCAGGAGAUUUAACGCGAAAUCGAUUGAGAAGCUUCUUUAUACGAAAGAUUUACUACUUAAUGCCCAAUGGAAUCUCCCGAAAGAUCGCGAGGUCUACCUUCAUCGCCAUCCCGCAUUCUUCGGCGACGCUGAGCAUGUCAUUGGAGAUUGUUGUGGCUUCUGCCCCGUACCUACCACAGAAGAGGAACUCAAGGUGGCCGAAGAGGAGAGCAAAAUCUAUAUUUCCGGAAGUUUGACCUUCAUCAAAGAUGACCCUGGUCGUCAGGAGAUUGGUAGCUUCAAUCCAAUCACAGAGACAGACUGGACAGAAAUGGCAUACAUUGGCCAUACCGAAAGGCUCUGCCAAGCGAUCGUUGCUGGAGACCUAGAGGCCGUCAAAGGCUUUUUCGCUGAUGAAGAGGCAAACGUUGACCGCCGUGACUACACAGGACGCACGCCACUUCAGUUAGCGUGCAUGUGUUCUACGCCCGAAGUUGUCCAAUGCCUUGUUGAUCACGGCGCGCGGUUGGUCUCUCGCAUGGCUGAUGGAAACACCGCGUUGCACCUCGCCGCCGCCCGUGGGAGUGUUGAGAUCAUUCACAUUCUUCUCACCAAGAGCAAUCAGAACGAAGAAGAGGAGUCUAAAAAGCAAGAAUCCCGUUCAAGAGGAAAGAAAAGAAAGGCAAAGGAGCUUGCGGACUCUGGGGAUGAAGCAGAGGACGCGGAAAUGCGUGAUGUGGACGCUUCUUCCCGCACAUCAGCUUCUUUCGUCAAGAUUGACAAUGAUGGAGAGGAAAUCCAGAUCACUGUUCCUGAUGCUCUGGAGGAGAAUGAGCAAGAGCCAGACAUCUAUGAAAUCAAUACACCCACGUGGGAUACUCUUGCCACACCUCUUCAUCUGGCAAUUCUGCGUGGCCAUAUCGAAGUAGUCAAGACGCUUGUCUCAUCCUUUGGAGCCGAUGUUAUGAUGCCGGUGAAAAUAUUCAAUGAACACAACAGAACACCGGCGGCUGCAAUUCUCAACUUGGUGUUGGUUUUGUCUCUUCCUCUGGCUAAGGCUAGAGAGAUGUCGCAGACCCUUCUCAAACUUGGUGCGUCUCCUGCGCAAGCUGAUCUCAGUCAUUGUACGCCACUGCAUUACAUUGCGCAGUCUAACUAUGCCGAUCUCUUUGAUCUGUAUAUGGAACAUGAUGGCCCAGCCCUUCAGCGGACACUUAACCAUCUAGCAGUGCACACUUCAGUUUUGUGGGGAAAUACCGCCGAUUUCUUUUCGGCUUUCAUGAAUUCCAUCGGAGCUAGAAAUCCCACGAUGGCAAGAAAAUUGCUCGAUUUAGGCUCUAAGCCGCAGAUUGAGUUGACAGAAGUGAUGAACGCCUUGAAGUCUCAAUUGAGCGAUAAGUUCCAUAUUGAGCGAAUUGCCACCGAUAUGCAAGCUGGUCCCCUGCAACCCAUUAUGUACGCCGUGGGAAGUGAGAUGCCAAUGAUUGCAACUGAAUUGCUUCAUCGUGGUGCUGAUCCUAAUACGCUUGCCAAGCCAAACUUCAAGAACGUGUCAGAAUCCCUCUUGGACCGCGUACGGAGUGCUUUGAAAGACAAACGUGACUGGUUGAGCGGGGAGUCUGCGAGUAAACCUGGGUACAACCAUCCUUGGAUGCUAGCGCCAAUUGCUCCUAUGGCGCCUGAAAGGGACGACAAGUCAUAUUUGGCAGAGACCUCUGAAGACUCUUACUCUAGGCUUGUCACAAAGAUCCAGUUGAAGGCUGCCCAUGAUCGCGUUCAAAUCGAAGCAGACCGGAAACGUAACAACAACCCCGCCAACCAGCCUUAUUACAAUGAAAAGAGACAGGCUGUUGAAGCUAUCAUCAGGGAGUACGAAAAUCUCGAGAGGGAGCUAUUAGUUCGGGGUGCAAAGACCUAUGAAGAGCUCCACCCGUCUCCUCAACUCCAACUCCAGCCAGUUUAUCAACAAGACUUCCAAAGCGCGCUGUUUGGUUUGCAACACGGGCCGUUUACGCCUCACCAGAACCAGCAUGAAUCUUUCCGAAUCACAUACCAAUUCCAAAUGCCUACCAUCACCGCCCAACUGUCCGAGGCGUACCGAUAUCUAUUUGAAGCAACAUGGCACGGCGAUUUGCCCACCGUCAAAGCGAUGACUCUUGGGAAUUGGGGCUCGUUUCAGGAUCAGCCACCUUUGGAAAUUGCAGUUUCCGAUUCUUACGGCAUCUCUUGUCUGUCCAUUGCAAUUCUGCGAGGCCAUCUGAGUAUUGCAGAAGCGAUUGUUCAGAUUAUACAGGCACAGUACAAACGUCCAGAGGCCCAAGGUCAAGCACGAUUCGAAAUAGACUCUGAUGCUGAAUCGUCUGAUGGAGAAGGAGAAGGCCUCAACAUCAGAGGCCAUACUGUUGAUGAUAAAUUCACCCAUGAAAAUAUCGGGGAGAUCUCAACCCAGGUUCAGAGCGCCCAAACUCCCCUGUCAGUGUUGCAGCGUGAAUGCAGUGCUUUUCUCUUCUUCGAAGAUGAGGCUUCGUCGGAACUGAUUUUUACUGCAUUUCCCUCCAAUCUCGCAUGGGCUCACGAGCGUGGCAAGCUGAACACACUCUUUGAAUAUGCCAUUUUCAAGAACGAUCCUUCUCUUCUGGAUUUCCUUCUCAGGCUUGGAAAAGAAUGUGCCAACACGGAUCCGUCUGGUAAGGUGAAGUUUGAGCUCUCUCAGAGAGAGUUCCAGCUCGCCCUGGCCUUGGGCCACACUGAAUCCCUUGCCAAAAUGAUCCAAAGCAGCGCAGAAGGCCUUCCAAUCGCGCACUUGGCAGAGAAGUCCGGCGUUAAGGUUAAAGAGGAGCAUCUCUACUAUCCUGGCUUGUCAAUCCGUGGUAAAAAGAGAAAGGACUGGGCAACUGCCGGGCAGGUUCAGGAGGCUCCUCCGCCAACUGCGAGGUCACCCUUGUUGGUAUCGGCCAUUCAAGGAAAUUUGGCCGCAACGGAGUGGUUCCUUGGAACUGCACCGGGCCGAUAUUAUGUGGACUAUGUGAACUCGCAUAUGGAUGAUGAAAAUAUUCAGCGACUUUCUCAGUCAAAGCUUGGACUUGAGGGAUCGGUUCUCAAUUGGUUGCAGACGAGAAAUAACCUGGUUCUCCACUGUGCGGUCCUGUCGCGACCGUGUGAAGAAUCUGAGCGCUUGGUUCAAUAUCUGGUUGACCAUCACCCAGAAUGCUUGGAGGUUCGCGCAUCAGGAGGUCAUACACCACUUUCCUUGGCAUUCCUGUUUCACAAAACCAGCUUUGCCCGAAUCUUGGUUGCUGCAGGAGCAGAUCAGACAGUCCGUGAUGUGAGGGGUGCUAACCUACUGCAUCUUCUCCUUACUUCCAAAGGACAAGCAAGCCUCGACGCCGAGAUUAUCACGGACCUUAUCAAUCUCCUGAAUCCACAACUUAUCUCAUCCAUGCUUCUCCAACGUUUCGGAGAAGGAUCCUUGACUCCAUUUGCACAAUGGCUCAACGCUAUCAGAAGCUGGGACGAUCCUCACGACAACCUCAAGCCCUCGAAUGUUGCCAAGAUAAUCUUUGAUCUCGCAGAUUCCAGUAAUCAAAAGCAUCUGGAGCUUCUUGAUGGAUCCGGAAACACACCUGUUCACCAUGCAGUCAAGAAAGUAUUGUCUGGUCCCUUGGAACUCAUGCUUGAUCGACGACCAGAUCUUCUGCACCGCGAAAACGCAACUGGAAGCACACCACUUGAGCUAGCAGUUGAUGCGUGGAUUAGCUCCGUCACUCGCCACCCACCCAGUCGUGCUUUCGACAUAUCCACCACACGUACUAUGGAAAGAUGGAAGAAUAUUGUUGAUCGGCCUGGCUGGUUCUACGCUGGAAACCCUGACCUUGGAACGGACCUGGAGAUCAUGGUUCGAAUUUGCCAGGCUCGAUCUGAAAAACAGGUUGGAAAUAGGCGACUUGUUACAUUGUUUGAAGCGAACGAAGUUGCGAAGCGGUUGACUAGAAUGGCCAAUGGAUUUGGAGGACGAUCUGCGCGCUUCCAUCACAAUUCUGGUGACGACGAGAAAGAUGAGGUAGCCCUGUGGGCAAAUCUGGAUUACUGA